AUAGCGGGUUCAAUGACGGACGAAAAACAGUGUUACGCAUGGUCGGCCAGGUAAUGUUGUGGUCCCGUUUGUUGUCAGUACCGGUGCAGAAUCGCUGUUUAAAGGCUCAACUACCCCCUGACAGCCCACACUGAGAGGUUUUCUGUGGCAUUUAAUGUUUCGGCACCUCCACGAGACCGAGUUCACGGAGUGUCAGUAAGUAAGGAGAGCGUGAAGGGUGCUGCGAGGAGGAACAGUGGGAGGAAAUAUGGAAACAUGGCAAAAGUAAACAUGGCGUGAAGAAGGCAGAGACAGCAUGUAAACGGUCUAAACAGGAACAACUUUGCAUCUGCCUUUAUUACAAAGCUGUGUUAAAUACACGAUUCAGAUUGGCAGGAAUUCAGAAGUAUGCUAUUCCUCUAUAACACAUCGUUGCUAUGAGCAACAGAGCAUUGCUUAGGACGCAACCUGAUCCCACACGUCACAUCAAAUCAAUCCGCGGAGAGGAGUCCAGAGGAUUUCAUCUCUGCCUGUUGGCCUUGUGGUGAAACCUUUAGUUUCCGUCAUGGAGAACUUGGAGAACAUUUUGAAUAUCACUUUUGAUUUCUUCAAAGAGCUCGAUCCUUUAGAUCCUGUGACUGAACAACCAACUACCAUGAAAAUUAAAAGAGAAGAGGAUAAAGGCACAGAACCAGCAAAGGAGGUUAAAAGACACAAGGAACUGAGUGACAGAGAAGUCGACCAACUCGAAGAAAGCAGACAUGAAGCAAACACAAAGCGGAAUACGGUUUGGGCCAUGUCAGUGUUAAAUGACUGGAUGAAUGAAAAGAAGAUGUCAACAGACAUUGACAGCUAUAAGGAAGAAGACCUCAACCAGGCGCUGAGGUCAUUCUAUGCAUCUGUUCAAAACACCAACGGAAAAACCUACUCAGUUGCCAGUUACAUAGCCAUAAGGGCUGGGAUAUGUCGAUAUUUCUCAGUGUUCAAUAUAAUGAGUUCUCCAACAUUCAAGUCGAGCAACUUGGUUUUUCAAUCUGUUAUAAAAAGCCUUCGCAAAAACGGACAAGAUGUCAACCAUCACCCCUCUAUCUCAGCUGCAGAUCUGCAGCUCAUCCGGUCCUCUGACGUGCUGUCUCCACACACAGCAACUGGACUUGUCCGGAAAGUGUGGUUUGAAGUACAGCUGCAUCUGACAUGGCGAAGCAGAGAAGGUAUACGAGAACUGAAAAGAGACUCCUUUAUUUUGAACAGAGACGAGAAAGGGAAUGAGUACAUUUCACUUUCUCAUAACACUGUCAACCACAAAGAUGCAAAAGACCCAUGUAAAGAAAACUACAGAGGGUGCAUCUAUGCAGAGCCUGGAAACCCCAGCUGCCCUGUUGCCUGCUUUAAAAAGUAUGUGGCCCGUUCCCCCCCUGGUGCCAAAGCUUUUUUCCUUCACCCACUCAAGAUAGACCAACAGGUACUCAACAAACAAAUAGUGUGGUACUCUCGUGAGCCCAUGGGGCACAAUUUUUUGGGGAAAUUGUUACCUGAAAUCAGCCAGACAGCCGGGCUUUCCAGGAGAUACACUAACCACAGCUUGAAGAGCACAGCCAUUCAACUGCUCUCUCAGGCUGGUCUUGAGAGUCGGGAGAUAAUGACAGUCACCGGGCACAAAUGUGAGAGCAGCUUGAGGAACUACGGGAUCCCAACCACUUCUGACAAGGAGGAGGGCAGAAAGAUCCAGUCCUGCAGUCCAAACAACGGUAGUAAAGCUGGUUUGGAUUCAAAUCAUGAAGAAUUCCUCGACGACUUCCCGUUUCUACACACAACUUCAAACCAGAGCUACGUUCCAGAUGCUGUGCUGCCUCCUGGAGAGCCCUGGCUCCACGGCGGCCCCUCUCGGGCAGUGCUGUCUCUGCCAUCUUGCCUCAGCUUGUGCAAGGAAGUUGGGAUUGGAAUAUCUGGUUCCUCUGGGGAGGAACACAGGGAAGAGUUGAAGGUGUUUGCCAGGUGUCACCUUCAGCAGGGAGUCAUGUUUGGACCUUAUGUGGGGGAUUUGUGCAGAGGACAAAUGCCGACCAACCUCAAAUACGCCUGGGCUAUUCGAGAUGAUGCUGCUUUUGUCUAUGUGGAUGCUUCUGAUGAAAACAAGUCGAACUGGAUGAGGUAUGUGACUUAUACAAGUAGUGAGGAGGAGCACAAUCUUGUCAUCUUCCAGUUUUACCGCCAUGUCUAUUACAAGGUUUCCCAGCCCAUCAUCGAGGGAGCUGAACUAAAGGUCUGGAUUGGCAAGGAUUACGCCACCUUGUUGGGUCUAGGGAUGGGUGACAACAUCAAAUGUGAAUACGGUGACAAGGAGACAGUUCUGCGUCUCCUGCAGGACAUCCAAUUGGUUACCCUCCCAGAGCCCAGUAGCUCCUCUCUUUGGUCAGACCACAGCCAAUCACAGAGCCCCAUGCCUGUCAUCAGCGAUGUGACAACGAUGUCAAAUACAGAUCCAGCUUGUGAUUUGGACAUGGCCUCGGGAUCUGCCUUGCACUCCUCCUCCCCAUCCCCAAGCUUUCACCCCGGGGAAAAGUAUGAAUUUCUCCCUGGAACUGAGAAACUGCUGAGUAAUCCAAAUGUUUCACAGCUAAGCCCCUGGUACUUCUUUGGGUUAGAGCCGGACCCAGCCGGUCGGCCCUUAGACCGUAACGCUGCAGUGUGUAAGCUGUGCGGGGAACGUGUGGGCUGUGGUGGAGGUGCACAAGAUCUACAAAACCAUCUGACCAGUAAACACCACAUCAGACCACGUGAUACUACCAAGGAGCGGAGUCUUCAGACCACAGUUCAACAGCGCCCUCAGUCUGUGGUGCCUCACAGCAGUCCGGCCAGUACUCUCCCCUUGGUUUUGUCCGUUCAUGUGACUAAUGCCAUCACCAACUUCGUCAUCAUGGAUCUCCAGCCCCCCAAUCUGGUGGAAGGGGAGGGCUUUAAACAGCUGAUCCAUACUCUACUGCCGUUCUACAAGGAGAUGCCUUCAACCUCUCACCUGGAGAACCUCCUGAAGGGACACCACACUAGAGGCAGGAUGAGCCUGGCUCAGCUGUUAAGAAAGAAAGCUGGAAGGGACGAAAUCGAGGAGACUGACUACACCGCUCCCAUUGACUUUGAGCCAAGGAGGCGUGGGAGACCUCCCAGCCGUGAGAAGGAUGUUCAUUAUUUUGUUACUUUGAGUGUGGAUGUUUGGUUCCACAAUUGGCAGGGCAACAUUGAGAGGUACCUCACCCUCUGGGCACAUUUCAUAGACAGUGAUUUUAGUUUUCAGAACCUGGCUCUGGCAACGCAAAGAGUGUCAGAGAAUGGGGAGAAAGACUGUAGCCCUCUAGCAGUGGAGGCUCAAGUAAAAGCGAUGGCGCAGGAGUGGGGAAUCUCCAAGCCUAAUCUGCUCUUGCUUGGAGGGGAGGGGAGGAACACGAUGAGACUUGAGCCAAAAAAAUGUGGGAAAGGUGGAGAGGCUUCUGGAAGCGUUUCUCAUCCCAACUCUACAACAUUUCUAGAGAGGGACGACUCUGUGUCAUCAGAGGAACAGAGUGGCUCGGAGCAUGCAGCAUCUAGUGAAGGACUGCCGUCUGUGCCAUGCUUCUUGAGCGCUGUGCAAAGCUGCAUCGAAGAAGCGAUGUCACACAGUGUUAUCUCCAAGACCCUAAAACAAUUCCAAGGUAUUCUGUCAACUGUUUUCCUGCCACCAACACAAAGCAGAAGCCUGAAUCAGCACCAAAUAGGCAGCCUGAUGCGGAACCUUAAAAAAGAAGAGCAGGAUGAGCUAAAGUUGUGGGCUCACAGCAGGCUGACAUGGAAUAAGCUCUAUCCUGCACUGAGCAUACUCAUCAAACAUAAAAGUAUUUUCUGUGAUUCGAUAAAGGAGAUUAAAGAAGAGUAUAAAGAAGACACUACCUCAGAAUCAAGUACACCUGGAAGCUGCAACGCAAACUCCACCUCCAGCACACCCUCAACAAGCUUUACCUCCUUGCGAUCUGAAUGGAAAGUUCUGGAGGAGUUGUGUUUGGUUCUCAAACCUCUGGACAUAGCGUGUCGAACUCUGGCGAAGGAAGCAUUCCCCCGCUUGUCCCUCAUCAAACCAAUCCUCACAGGCCUGCUGUCACGCCACCUCGUGCCACGGCCAGGGGAUUCGUCAUCUAUCCUGAAAGAAGUGAAGAGGAUGAUGAGGCGGAACUUGAUAAGCUGUUAUGACAACCCGGUGGUCAACAGAGUUCUGUGUGUUGCAUGUUCCCUUGAUCCCCAGUUCCAUGGGCUGGGAUUCAUGGAGGAAAAGGAACAGAAAGCCACCUUUGAUUGGCUGAAGAAAGAGGCCGUCAGGAUCGUGAAGGAGGACCGCAGGAGAAGCAAAAGUAAAAAGCAGAGGCGGGGCAAAAGAAGCCCCUCGCCAGAAUCACAGGAGUCAGACAGUGAAUUCCUGCGGAGGAGCAAACGCCUAAAAGAAUCACGCCCAAUCAACUUCAGAGAGAUGGAGGAUGAAGAAGAAGAAGAGAGUGACGAAGAGGAGCCUGAUGAGAGUGAGGAGGCACAACCGGGAGAUCAGGGUGGUGGGCUCUCUGGGAUGGAGUUCCUUUUGGGAGACCUGUUCUGCUCUACUCCCAAGAGCAAGCAGAGUUCUGUGGAGGAGUCUGUGGACGUGGAGAUGUCUGUCUUCAAAGCUGACAAGGGAGUUACACUGGGAGUGGAACCCCUGCAGUGGUGGAGGAUGAAGGCUGUGCAGUUUCCUCUGUUAGCCACAGUUGCACGGGCUUACCUAGCUGCCCCAGCUGUUGCGGGUAGCGCUGCACAGGAGUUUGUGCAGGGGGAAGCGCAAUCCAUCUACAGGAAGAGGGCGAACAUUCCACCUGAGAAUUUGGACUCAAUAUUGUUUCUGCACCACAAUCACAUGCCCACUACUGAGAGUGGACAAGCAGCUAAGAGUGAGGACAGGAGCAGUGGGAUUGAAAAGGUCCUAUAAACGCCAACAACACUCAUUACUUUCCAAUAAGCUAUGGAUUCAGCUGAUUACAUGUAUCUCAAGUGACUGAUGACAAAGUAUAUUUGGUUACUCUGUUUUGUAUUUAACGUUUUGUUAUCCUUUCAAAAAAGCAGGAACAUUGCUAAUACAAACCAACUGUAUCAUCCCUUCCUCUCUCCCCUCAGUACGCGUCAGUUCUGAUGUUGUGAGGACGGUAUGCUCGCCUCAAACAGAGAGAAAGAGAGACCUUCUUUGAAACAGUGACCCCUACAAAAACACUUGAUCAUGGUGUGACCUCUCUUUGUGAAUGUACAAGCUUCAUGCAGCAUGUCUUUUGGUAGCAGUUGGUUUUGAUAGCUUCGUUGUCCAACAAUCAUCCUCCUUAACAUGUUCCCCUGCUGUAGCACAACUGGAGUCAGAGGGGGUGAACAUUUUUUUUUAAAGAAAUGGGUUUUUUUGUGUACCGUUAUAAAACAUAAUACUACUGAUGAAAAAGUCAACAGAGAGGCCACGUGGAGCGAGAGGCAGAGAAAGAGGCGGUGCAGGUGGAGCUGUUAUACAGUAUGAGACCAAAGGUGUAGCGAUGAAGGGGAGAAGAAAGACGAGGUGAAGAAGUGUAAGUAGUUUGUGAAUAAAAACUGAAGUCAAAUAUUUUGGGUAGAUUUAAAAAAGUGGAAAAGGGACCUACUAGACAUAGUUACUUUAAAGUAAACAUCCUUAGUAGAGAAUUUCUCUUUAUAAUGUAAUGCUACCACUGCCUAUAAUGCAGUAGAGGUAUUCUGUUAUUUAGUGACCCCUGACAAUGAAUUCAUCUAAUAGCAACAUUCAAUUGGUUUUGAAUGUUUGGCUUUCUAUUUGAUUGACGUAGUCUUUAACCAUUAAUUUUCACUAAUUUAGUCUCUCUUUCCAUUUAUGUUUACAAUACAGGUUUAAAAUGUAAUUCUAAAAAUGUAUCUUCCCCCUAAUGUAACUGAGGUGGGAUAUAUUCCUUUUAUUCCCUUACAUUCAACCCUGCUGCAUCUAUGAAGUACCUUGUGGUCUAGUGCCUUAACUCUUGUGGAAACAAAACAUUUCUAGAGAUCUCAACUGUAUACAGCUUUGUGGAGAAUCCUCCAGGACGGCACUGUUAGCAUUGUGUGAAACUACUACCACGUGCCUUUGCUUAUGCUUUACCACGUAUUACUCCUGUAGGCACAACCUCUUUAUCGUCUUUGACUGUGAUGUUCUUAUUCAUGUACGUCUUUCUUUGGAUGUCUUACUGUAAUGUAUAUAUAUCUAUCACAUACUUUUGUAUAAUAAAAUAUGCUAACAACAA